CCCGCCGCGCUACGGCCGUUUCUUGCGAGCGGCGGCCGCCUCCUCAGAGCUGCGGGUAGGCCCUGGAGCGUGCAGGGUCGCUCGGCGCUCGAGCUCUUCUUCUUCUGCAGCCCGGCCGGGCGGCCAUGGCGGCGCGGCGACGGCGGCCCGCGGCUGGCGCGGGGGCGCGGGACACGCUGACGUUGCUGGCGCUGGCCUUGUGCGCCCCCGGGGUGGGCGGCGGGGCGCUCGAGUGGUACUCGGCCGUGGUGGGCAUCGAGUACGUGGACCCGCUGUCGAACCAGACGGUGUGGAGCGUGUCCGAGAGCGGCCGCUUCGGCGACAGCUCGCCCAGGGAGGACAAGCAGGGCCUGGUGGGCGUCCCGCGCGCCGACGGGGACGAGGAGGGCUGCUCUCCCGACACGCGCUUCGUCGCGCCCGGCCGCCUGGGCGCCGCGCCCUGGGUCGCGCUGGUGGCCCGAGGCCGCUGCACCUUCAAGGACAAGGUGCUGGCGGCGGCACGGAGGAACGCCUCGGCUGUGGUGGUCUACAACCUAGAGCACUACGGGAACGCCACCGAGCCCAUGUCGCACGCGGGAACGGGAAAUACAGUUGUCAUUAUGAUUAGCUACCCAAAAGGACGAGAAAUUUUUGAUCUGGUGCAAAAAGGAAUUCCAGUAAAAAUGACCAUAGGGAUUGGUACUCGUCAUAUGCAAGAAUUCAUCAGUGGUCAGUCUGUGGUGUUUGUGGCCAUUGCCUUCAUCACGAUGAUGAUUAUCUCUUUAGCAUGGCUAAUAUUCUAUUACAUACAGCGUUUCCUAUAUGCUGGCUCACAGUUUGGAAGUCAGAAUCAUAGAAAGGAAACUAAGAAAGUUAUUGGCCAGCUUCCACUACACACUGUAAAGCAUGGAGAGAAGGGAAUUGAUGUUGAUGCCGAGAAUUGUGCAGUGUGUAUUGAAAACUUUAAAGUAAAGGAUGUUAUCAGAAUCCUGCCAUGCAAGCAUAUUUUUCAUAGAAUAUGCAUUGACCCAUGGCUUUUGGAUCACCGAACGUGUCCAAUGUGUAAACUUGAUGUCAUCAAAGCCCUGGGAUACUGGGGGGACCCUGAGGAUACACAGGAGCCCAUUCCAGAAGCUGCCCCAGGAAGUGUUUCUGUUGGGAAUCUCAGUGUGACAUCCCAAGAUGAGGACAGGAGUGGAGAAAGCAACCUUCCGUCAUCUUCCUCGAGUGACUCUGCGCCACACCGCCCCAGUUUUAAAGAAGAUGCAGGGGAAGACACAGCGUUACUAGGAGCCGGCAGGAAUGACCCUCAACAUGGAGGAUCCAUCUGCUAGCACACAUCCUCACUGACAGCCUCACCGACAGAGCCUUGGCUUGAACUACAGGACAUUUAAUUUUUUACUCUAGGGCAUAGUUUGUAUACUUGAAAACAGUGGAUAUUAUUUUACUUUACCUUUCAGAUUCAGAUUUGAUAUACAAAGGGCUGAGAUAUUUUAUUCCUAAAAGGACUUUUAAUUAGCCUUGAUCUAUUUAUCUACUAAAGUAUGAUGUAUAUUAUAAAUUUUGUUGUGUCAGACUGUCACAGAUUGGGGGGAGGGGUGUUUCUGAGUACUAGACUAGCUUCUGUGGUACUGUAAACCAAGAUUCUGUUUCUCGGGCUUUUAGACAAAGCUCACUAAGUUAAAGUAGAAUUGUGUAAUAUAAUUCAGUAAUUGAUCAAAUGACUUUUCCCUGAAGCAGAGACUCUUUAGAACUUGUAAAAUGAGAAAUCUUGCCGUAGGCAGGGUGUACAGCUGUAAACCCAGCACUCAGGAGGCUGAGGCAAGAGGAUUUUGAGUUUAAGCCAAACAGAAGGAACUGAGGGAAGAGAGAAAUCAACUGUCUUGCACUAUAUUGUCCAUAGAGACUUCAAAACCAAGCAUACCUUUUUAUUGUUUGGAAUUGUGAAAAAAAACACUAGUUAGUUGAUUUUAUGGUUUGUAUUUUUACCUUUAUUGCCUAAUUUUUUUGACACUUGGAAGGAGGACAUUUAUCCAUGUUUUUUCUACCAAAAAAAAUUGGCAAGUAUGCCAUAUUGCACAUUAAAAGUAUUAAAAUAUUGAUUCAUUGAGAAAUUCAAGUAGGCAUACUGAUGUUUUUAAAUUAUAAAUAUAUUUCGGUGGAUCUAAUCUUUAAAAUUAAAAAGAUUUAAAUUAAAAUUUUGAUUUUUGUUGUUAGACUACCAUUUUUCUAAUGAGAUUUUAACAUAGCUCAGUUUCUCUAUGACCUUUUAUCUCUUUGCUUGGUGUUCCUACAGGUAAAGCCUAUUAAGAUCAUUGCCUAAGUUCUAGAGUGGUCAAAUACACUUUUUAAGAGUGAGGAGUCCUUUGUUGAUCCUAAACUUGUGUUGCAUGUCUACUUUGUAGACAAAAAUAAAUGCUUAUUGACAAAAAUAUUUUAUGUAACAGAUUUUAUUUAGCAUAGUUCCAACAUUCAGCACAAAUAGUUUACAAAGGAUAAAAAGUCUAUUAAUAAAAGCCAGUCUUUGCACAAAGGACAGAGAAAAAUAUAUUCUUGAUUCAAAAUAUUUUACACUUCAGUGAUAAACUGAGAGUGCUUUUAUAAAGUUCAUUUGUGUGUAUGGGUACUUUCCCUGUAUGUAUGUCUGUGUACCAUCUGCAUGCCUAGUUCCAAAAGAGGCCAGAAGAGGACA